CACGAUUCGUAAUUGCAUUGCAUGUUAUUUAAAGUAAAGUUAUAUUGUGUGAGAGAAAAUUUCGUAUAAUUCAAAAGGUACAUUUCGUGAAUUGUGUGGCAUUUAGAAUUCAAGUGAUUGUCAAAUGUCGGCAAACAAUCAUUCAUCAUAACGAAAAUAAUACGCAAAUGUUCUGGCAAUGUGCUCGGUUUCAACUGCGUUGUAUAAUAAAUCAAAAGCGAAUCAAUUGCAAAAGCACGACACAAUAAAAUCAAUUGAACUGCUCUACAUUUGAAAGUGGAAAAUUUCACCGUUGUGGUGAAAAACGAGUUGUUUGGUGAAAAUUGACCAGCACGACUGAAAAUUGGUUGUGGACAACAACGGGUGGACGUCUGGACGACUGGAAAAGGAGGCAUCAUCAACAUCAUCAUGGAAGGAAAGAUAAUAAUAAAAGAGAAUUUUUUUAAGCCAUCCAUCAACGAUAUCAUUCAAAAGUUUAAAAUUCAAAAUGACAUUUUUGAUCGACGAAGGCAUGCAACAAACAAAAAAGAAAUUGUUGAUAUAUCGAAAUCGUGGCGUAUACGGGAUCGAAUGAAAACGGUGAGCGUGGCAUUGGUUGUAUGUUUAAAUGUUGGUGUUGAUCCACCAGAUGUGUUUAAAAUAACACCUUGUGCCCGAUUAGAAUGCUGGAUUGAUCCAUCGUCAAUGUCACCGCAGAAGGCGCUCGAAUUGAUCGGCGCCAAUUUACAAAAACAAUACGAACGUUGGCAACCACGGGCCCGUUACAAGCAAUCACUUGAUCCAACCGUUGAAGAUGUGAAAAAAUUGUGCGUUUCAUUGCGUCGCAAUGCAAAAGAGGAACGGGUUUUAUUUCAUUACAAUGGUCAUGGUGUACCGCGACCAACACUGAACGGUGAAAUUUGGGUAUUUAAUCGCACAUAUACACAAUAUAUUCCAUUGUCGAUUUAUGAUUUACAAUCUUGGAUGGGAUCACCAUCGAUUUAUGUAUACGAUUGCUCGAAUGCUGGCAUCAUUGUUAAAUGGUUUAUUCAAUUUGCCGAACAACAUGAACGUGAAUUUGAGCAAAUUGCAUCGAGUACCGGAAAUUUGAAUGCAUCGCCCAGUACACAGCCAUUUAAUUCAUUUCGUAAUUGUAUUCAACUGGCUGCAUGCAGUGAAGAUCAAAUAUUACCAAUGAAUCCACAAUUGCCGGCCGAUUUAUUUACUGCUUGCCUAACUACACCGAUUAAAAUCGCACUAAAAUGGUUUAUGUUACAAAAAACAUCAUUGCUGGUGCCACACCUUACCCAGGAAUUAAUUGAUCGCAUACCAGGUCAAUUGAACGACAGACGCACUAUGCUUGGCGAACUCAAUUGGAUUUUUACAGCAAUCACUGAUACAAUUGCAUGGAAUACACUACCAAGAGAUCUCUUUCAGCGUCUAUUUCGUCAAGAUCUGUUGGUGGCUAGUUUGUUUCGUAAUUUUUUAUUGGCUGAAAGGAUAAUGCGUUCGUACGAUUGUACACCAGUUUCUAGUCCACAAAUUCCCAAUGGUUAUCGGCAUCAUAUGUGGCAAGCAUGGGACUUGGCCAUUGAUUUGGCAUUGCAGCAACUGCCCGAUAUCGUUGAACGCAAUGCACCAUACCAGAAUUCACCAUUUUUCGAAGAUCAGCUAACCGCUUUUCAUGUUUGGCUUGAGCGCGGCAACGAAGAACGUGAACCACCCGAACAACUUCCGAUUGUUCUACAAGUGUUGUUGUCACAAGUACAUCGCUUACGUGCCUUGGAAUUGCUUGGACGAUUUUUAGAUUUAGGACCAUGGGCCGUAAAUUUGGCGUUGAGCGUUGGAAUUUUCCCAUAUGUAUUGAAGUUAUUGCAAGCAUCGGCCAAGGAAUUGCGGCCACUAUUAGUUUUUAUUUGGGCAAAAAUUUUGGCCGUUGAUGUGACAUGUCAAGUGGACUUGGUGUGUGAUCAAGGUCAAAAAUACUUUUUAUCUGUGUUACAAGAUCCAAUAAUUACACCAAAUUAUCGUACAUUGGCUGCAUUUGUGCUUGCGUCCAUCGUUCAUAAUUUUCCAAUGGGUCAAGCGAGUGCAUUACAAUCAUCGUUAGUUUCAAUAUGUUUGGAGCAAAUAAACGACCGAUGUGCAUCGUUGCGCCAAUGGUUGGCCAUCUGUUUGGGUCAUUUAUGGCAAAAUUAUGACAAGGCUAGAUGGUCGGGCGUUAGGGAUUUGGCACAUGAAAAACUAUAUCCGCUGUUGUUGGACAGUGUACCUGAAGUGAGAGCAGCGGCUGUAUAUGCAUUAGGCACAUUCAUAAGCUCACAAAAAACCGAUCGCACCGAGCACGCAAAUAAUUUAGAUCGAAGCAUUGCAUUAACAUUAUUCUCAACGGUUGGCAAUGAUAUGAGCCCAAUCGUGAGAAUGGAACUUUUGGCUGCCUUACAAUGGAUCGUUAUGCUAUUUUUGAAUGUAUUCAUGGCAGCAUCAACACAAGAUUCAAAUACAAAUAAUGUUCCGAAUACGCAUAGUUGGGAACGAAUAAAGCGUGUAUCAAGCUCAAAUUCAAUAUUGAACAUAGGCACGACUGCCUUGGGAUUCAAUUCAAUUUACAUAAAGCUAUGGCGUGGCUUGUUAUCAUUUUGCCACGAUCCAUGUCCGGACGUUGUAAAAAUGGCCAAGGAAAUUGUGAUGUAUAUUAUUGUCGAUUUAAAUCCAGCAAAAGAGGCUGAAAAAGAGACAUAUUCAUUGAGUUUGCCACCAAGCCCAAAUACAAGAGUUAAUUAUCUUGGUGGCAAUUCGCCGCCGGUAGCCAAUUUGUCAUUGAGUCGUCAUGGAAUCGAGAUUCAUGGAAAAAUUGAACGAAACAAUUCACGAAGCACAACACCGAUUCUGGAUCGUUCACAAUCGGGCAAUCGUUCGCGUAAAAAUUCACGCAUUGAAACCGAUUUGACGGCAGUCAAUACAACAAUAAAUGCUGACAUCAAUAUUACAUCGGGAAGUUCAUCAAAUGAUGAAAAUCAAGAUCCAAUGAAACCAAAGCCAAUUGUAACGACCAAUUAUAUUUCAUGGAGUUCGGCAAAUGUCACCAAUAUGGGUGAAAAACAUGAAAAAUACUUUACAAAAUCACGUUGCAAACAUUUAGAUCCGAAAUUGGUGCGUGAUAUUGAGUAUACAAUUCAAAAUGGUGUGUCCACAUUGUAUUUGUCACAAUUGUGGUGUGCUCAAACACAAAGCACACCAAAUCUAAUCCGUUUUCAUCCGUUUGAAGAGCAAAGUGCUGUUGCCUAUAAAGAUAAGGUUAUGGUAAACGAUCGAAAUAGUAAAUUGAUUCAUGCGUAUGCACCGGCUGAAAUACCGCUUAACAUUCCAAUGCAUUGGCGGCAUACACAAAAUUCGGAAGUGACAUCGUUUGAAUUUAUAAAUCCAUCGACACGAGCUCUUGUUCUAAUCGGACAUGAUGAUGGAUGCAUUCGCAUUUGGAAACCACCGACAGACCAUAGAGAAAAACCAACACUUAUCACCGGAUUCCAAGCAAUAAGCGAUGUUACCAAUGCAAAUCGCACAACAAACACAUGUGGCCUAAUUACAACAUAUCAACCGAUGAAUAAUGUCAUUGUAAGUGGCAGCAAUGCGAAGAGUAUUCGUUUCUGGGAUCCAGAAACUGAAAUGAAAAAGGCUGAAAUACCGACCGAUAGUGAGGCAGCUGUACGUGUACUCAGCACAUCAAAUGAAGGUUUAACGGUUGCCGGUUUUGAUGAUGGCUGCUGCAAAAUCAUCGACAUAAGAUGUAAUGUCGAAUCAUCCAUUGUUCACACAUAUCGUGAGCAUAAUGAACGUUUGCUUGAAUGUUCAAUGAUCACCGAAACCGGUACAUUAUUUACGGGAUGUCGAAAUGGCGAAUGUGUUUGCAUUGAUUUUCGUACAAAUCGUGUUAUGGAACGAUGGAAAAUAAAUCGUGAAGCAAGUGCAAUGGCUGUCUAUCCGUAUAGUAAUAUUGUUGCAAUUGGCGCCGAAUCAACAAUCACACUUUAUCAUUAUAAUGGACAAGAAUUGAAUCGUACACGCUGUGGCAGCGACAGUGGCUAUCGAGGAUCUCGAAAGUAUAUUUCUUGCUUAACAUUUCAUCCGCUCAAAGGCCAUAUCGCAUGUGGCUAUUCGGAUAAUUUGGUAACGGUCUACGAAAUAAACGACCGAGUAACCAGACCGAUUUCAUACUAUUGGUGAAAAUACACCGAUACAAAGCACUUAACAUUUAUAAUAGCGCAUUUUUUAACGAUUUUGUGGCAUCAGCUUCUUUUCAAGGAGGACAUUGUACAUAGAAUUUUUUUUUUAGCUUUAAAUACAAUUCUAUAUAUAUGUAUGUAUGUAUUUAACAAUACAAUCUAAGAACGACAGACACAAGCAUUGAUUUCAUCAACUGAAAGCAACAAACAAAAUCUGAAAACGUUUCGAUCAUGUAUACAACAAUCUGAAGCUGUCGAGAUAAAUUGAUAUCAAUGAUAAGAACUUAAUAAUGACGACGAUAAACGAUAAAAUUAUAUAAACAAUAUAUAUAUAUAUAUGGAGAGAGAGAGACACACACAAAGAGAGAAAACAGGCCAUGUUUAUAUCCAAGCGCAAAUAAAACCAAACACAUAUUCACAUGCUCAAGUAGAUGAAACAAACGCUUUCAGUCAUUUGAAAUAGCACAUAAAUAGUUUCAUACAAAUUAUGUACAUAUACAGCUUUUUCGUUCUUUUUUUUCUGAUUAAAUCUAGUCCCAUUCUUUUAGUAUAUUCUGCAGUAUAUUUUCUUUAUUAUACAACAGCAUACAAACACAUUUACGGUAUAUAACACAAAAUUGAUAUUGAUAUGAAUACAGGAAAACGGUCUCGAUUUUAUUUUAGCACAUCAACGAAAUCGUCUUCGAUUUGCAUCUCAGCGAUAGAUAAAAAUGGAAUAUUUGCAUUUAAAAUAACAUAUUAUAUAUAAAAAUCACGAAACUGUAUAUGAAAUUUCGAACGGAAAUUAUGAAAUAAAAAAAGAAGAAAAAAAUAAACGAUUAAAAACGAUUGGAAAAUAA